AAACAAAGUGUAACAAAAUAUGAACAAUUUAACUAUAAGGAAAUAUAAAAAUAGGAGCAGUAUAUACAGUAAGAAUAUAUAGUGUGUGGAUCACUUACAAACAAUAGCAGGUAAAACAUAUUAUAAAAGAAGUCAAAUUGACAACAGUAAAGGAGAAAAAGCUCAACAGUGAGCGAGAGCUGCUGUAACAAGCCAUCUUGAAAUAAUAUAUCUAUCCAUCUAUCUAUCUUUAUCCUGUAUUUUACACUGAUGUUCAUUAACGUGCUCUGUCCCUAUCAAAUGAAUAAAUACAUAAAUAGUUAGGUUGUGACAGUAAAUACAUGUCCCGUCACUAACACCAUUUAUGUUGUUCUUUUUGUAUGAAAAGCAAAAAAAAAAGUAAAGAAAUAAAAAGUGUAAAUUUUCAGUGUUCAAUAUGACACUUUUAUUUUGAAGACAAUAACCGUAUUUCCGGUUGCAUCGUCCUCAGCUCUUCGCUUGCUGCUGCAAUCUUGAGCGGUAGUGACUGAUGAGUGCAGUGUUGCUGUGUGGAGUACAGCUGCUCUCCUUUCUUUCUUCAACCUACAUUUUACCAGUUUUAUUCUGUGUUUUUACGGAUCAUUUCCUCCAGAAGGUGAAGCUUUAACAGCCCGUGUGGAAGAUGUCUGUGGCCGGACUGAAGAAGCAGUUCCACAAAGCCAGUCAGCUACUCAGUGAGAAGAUCAGCGGGGCCGAGGGGACCAAGCUGGAUGAAGACUUCAUGGAGAUGGAGAGGAAAAUUGAUGUGACCAACAAGUCGGUGUUUGACCUCUUGUCCAAAACAACAGAAUACCUCCAGCCUAACCCAGCCUCUCGAGCCAAACUGAACAUGCUGAACACGGUGUCUAAGAUGCGGGGCCAGGUGAAGACCACUGGGUAUCCUCAGACCGAAGGCCUGCUGGGAGACUGCAUGCUGCGAUACGGCAACGAGCUGGGAGACGACUCCGUCUUCGGCUGUGCUCUGGUGGAUAUGGGCGAGGCCAUGAGGCAGAUGGCGGAUGUGAAGGACUCCCUGGACAUAAGUGUCAAACAAAACUUUGUUGACCCUCUGCAGAAUCUGCAGGACAAGGACCUCAAAGAAAUCACGCACCACCUGAAGAAGCUGGAGGGCCGCCGGUUAGACUUUGACUACAAGAAGAAGCGUCAGGGGAAGAUCCCAGACGAGGAGAUCCGGCAGGCUGUGGAGAAGUUUGACGAGAGCAAAGAGCUCGCCGAGAGGAGCAUGUUCAACUUCCUGGAGAAUGAUGUGGAGCAGGUGAGCCAGCUGUCGGCGCUGAUCGAGGCGGCCGUAGAGUACCACAGGCAGUCCUGUGAAAUCCUGGAGGAGCUCAGUGGAAAGCUGCAGAAGAGGAUAUCCACAGCCAGCAGCCGGCCCAAGAGAGAGUUCAAACCAAAGUCCAUCAUGAGCAGCGUGGAGAUGCUGGACAACAAUCAGCACAACGGCCUGUCCUACAGCUCCUCGCUCAGAUCCACCGAUAUCCAGAUCAACCACACAGUCAAUGGGAAAACUGAUCAUAUAAGCUCUGUUCCACUGUCAUGGCCUGAGAGCCCCACCACCAAUGGCAAUAUUCACCAGUCGGAGGUGCUGGACCAGCCGUGCUGCCGCUCCCUCUACGACUUCGAGCCCGAGAACGAGGGCGAGCUGGGCUUCAAGGAGGGCGACAUCAUCAUCCUCACCAACCAGAUAGACGAGAACUGGUACGAGGGCAUGAUCAACGGCGAGUCCGGCUUUUUCCCCAUCAACUACGUGGACGUCAUCGUCCCCCUGCCUCAGUGAAGACCGACGACCUCGAGUCCUCCAAAGACUGCGUGAAACGCACGGGGGGUGGCGGCUCAGCCCGUUUUCAAGCCGAGCCGGAGAGGUAGUAGAUCUGUCCCCCAAGUUGACUUGAGAUCAAAUUUCGCUGAUUACAUUGUUUCCUCUGUUGACAUUUAUGAACCUGAAGCCAACUGAAACCCAAGCCAUUAAGCGGGACACUGCCUGGUCGGAUCCUCUCGGUCUGACCGCGGUGAAAAUGUCGUCUCUUCCCAUCAGUCCCUCACAAAGACGCUGCUCCCUGUUCAUGCUUGUUGCCUCGUUUUUACCCCCAUCACCACAAACUGUAUGUGUCCACAGGGACGUUUUUUUAACGCGAGGGAUUGCCUUGCUUCCCAGCGUUGAAGGCUUGAUGGGCUGCCACUAGACACCUGAUUGGACGAACGCUUUCCCUCCGUGGGCUGCUGCUCCUGCAGCUUUCAAACCGGAACCAA